AUGCAGUUUCAACAAAUCUCAAUCCAACCGAGACUUCCUUCCUGCCUUCUCAAGAUGGAGUGGCUAGUGUGGCAAUUAGCCGACUCUAUGUAUCCAACAGGUGGCUUUGCGCACUCCCAGGGCCUGGAGUCCGCUGUUCAAGCCAACAUCGUCCACAACAGCAUCACACUCCAAGCUUUUCUCGUCACGUCAUUGCAUCAAACGGCUAACUUGCUCCUACCAUUUGUCUUUGUGGCCCAUGCUUCCGCCACUUCGCUUGAUUCCUUCGUCCACCUCGACAGUCUGGCGCAUGCCAUGCUCACCAACCACGUAGCAGCGCGCGCUUCGAUCGCUCAAGGAUCCGCCAUGCUUCGCGUCGCUUGCGCGUCGUCUCCCCCCUCGUCGGUGCUGCAUCGCGUCAAGCGCGAAAAAGUGCAUGGACACCACGUCGUCGUUCUGGGCUUCGUCUGCGCUUCCCUUGGCGUUAACGCCAUCACGACCCAACGCCUUCUGCUGUUUGUGACCCUUCGGGACCUGCUUAGCGCAGCCACCCGCCUUAACGUUAUCGGCCCCCUUGAAUCCGCAAAACUUCUCGCGCAAGUUGCGCCGCUCGCGGAAUCGAUUCUGUAUGCAAAGAAGGAUCGGCCCCUGCACGAUGCCUACCAGUCGUCGCCGCUCCUUGACCUUGUCCACGCCUCGCACGAUUCGUUGUAUACUCGCUCGGACCGUCCACCGCGGGCAGUGCACGUCCCGAAAGGCCCACUAAGAUGCACGGAAUACGCCGUGGAAUGUGUUGUGUGUCGGCGACGAAGCGUUCCGUGCGAAUGCUGCCGGUCGCUGAUCGACCUCGACGCGAUGCAAGACGGUCUGGUUAUGUGUGAGAUCUGUGGAUUCUGCACUGUGCUGGACUUGGACUUGCGGGCUUUUCUUCAUUCACCUCUGCUUCCAUUCGAGUCUGCUAUGCGGAAGGAGGUGGCGUUGGUGCAAGAACAGCGACAGCAUGCUUCCCAAGCAAGUCCCGUCAUGGAGAACGACAUGGAACCACUCGUCAAGCGACCCAAACCGAGUGACGAAGGCGGUAGUCUCGAAGGCUCAUGGGCAUCUGCGGUGCUUCAGUCAGCAGACAUUCCGCCCCCAUUCACCGCCGCCAACCUCGGUAUGCUGAAUCUGCUUCAAGGGCCUACGUUUCCACAGCAAGAAGUAGACUUGCUGUCCGACACCCUGCUCCAGUUCCUCCACCACCGGCACGUCCUCGUACAACUCCAAGACGAGCUGCAAGACCUCGACCACCUCCAUCGUCACAUUUCUCUCCGCGUUUCAGAGGUACUAGCGCCUACUAGCACGCAUCUACUAGACGUUCCACUUGCUUAGAAGCGGUUUAGUCCGCUCGUUGUCGAGUACACGGCGCUGCAGAUCCGCCGUCUGCGCGCUGCCUUCGACCGCCUCGCGACUCCAUAUUGCCGCGUGGUCGGCCUCGCUUCCCAGCAACUCCGCCAGCUCUUCCACGACGCUCGGCAGAUCAGCCACGUGAAGCCCACGACACCAGACACCCCCAUCGCUCCGUCGUCUACGUCUACAUUGCGAUCCCGUCGGCGGAAGAACCUCCAGCCCGCACUGCUAUCACCUCCCCCCAAGACACUCCAUCAACAUCCAUCAGACAUGCUCUUGGCCGAGAAAAUCCAGUUGUGGUGGCGCGUCGCGUAUUCGGUCGCCGCCGUGUGCGCGGGACGACGACCACGUCCACUGCCACCCCAUCAAAGUAAAUGAAAAGUCUCGUGUACCAAGGAUCGCUGUAUCAAAGGUCUAAUCGGAUGAUGGCGC